AUGUCGUUUCAAAUAGCUGCCGCAGCUUAUAUUAAUUAUAUAUUCAUUUCGCAUUACAGAAAAAGAGUAAAAGAUGAAGACGAUGAUAGCAAACAACUGUAUUGUAUGUAUGCUCGUCGAUAUGGAGGAAAUUCAUUAUUAAGCGACCCAAGAAAUAAAUGGACAGUUUCAAAACUUUACGAGGAUAUUGUCAAGUGAUUUUGAUUUGUUCAUUAAUUUGAUCGGACCUAGUCACUAAAAGUAAAACAAUAUUUUUAAACAGUUAUAACACUUCCGGUACCCGAUUUUUUUAGGCUUGUUUUCUGAGUUAUGAAGUGAUUUUUUGUUUGUUAUUUUACUGUAACUGCUUCAUAGGAAAAAACUUCACGACACCACUGAGUGUCAGAUUAAUCAUUAGGAGAAGUAGGCGCUUCACUCGUUUUAGGAGUCCUGUGAAAAUGGGAAACAAUUUUUUCUUCUAUUAUACAUUUCGUUUACGGAUUUACAGAACAAAAGUCAAUAUGAAUAUUACUCUGCGUGGUCAAACGAAGGAGAUGAGGAAGAUAUAUCCCCCCCCCAUUACCUCGUUUUUCUUAAACAUUUAUAAUAAUAUAAGGGGUGAAUUUUUAAACAUGCUCAUGCACACUUCUCACCCAAUUUUUAUAGUUAAAUUAAGUAUAAAUUUAAAUUCUGAUACCGUGAAGUUUUAAGUGUAGUGAAAGACAAUAUUAUUGAAUACAUUGAUUAUUCACAACACUUAAGAAAUAUCAUGUGACAACACUAACUUUGGUUUUUUGAUUGAAAUGAUUUAAUGCAAAUUGUCUAUCAGAUGAUUUUUCUAAAAAUGUUGAGGAAUCUUAAUCGAAAUUUGAACGAAAAUGUCUGAGUUAUUCUACUUUAAAUACUAAAGGAUAAUAACUGCAUGAUUCAAUACUAGAAAUUAUCAAAACACGUAAAACAGUUGGUAUCUUAUCUCCGUAAAAGGCCAUUAUCUUUCAUAUUUAAAGCAGAAUAACUCAGAUAUUUUUCGUUCAAAUUUCGAUUACAAUACAAUAAAAAAAAAAAACAUCCGACUGAUAAUUUGCUUUAAAACAUCUACCUAGUAUGUAAAAACUAAAAAAUCGAAAUUGUUUUCACCACAGGAUACUCCUUAAAUGCCGUGAAAAAUCUUAAUAUGUAAAAUCUAAGUUCACUGCACUUGAAUUAUGCAUAAUUUUCCUAAUCAUAAAAAUGAGAGCAUGCGCUUAAAAAAAAUAAUUUUGUAUAUUAUAUUUUAUCUUUGGAAUUAUAAAAAAGAUUGUGGAAAUAAUUAUAGUUAAUUUUCCUUAUCCUCUCUCACCAUGACAAUACUAUUUGGUCGUCAUUGUUUACACUGUUGAAUUAUUAUAAUUACUUGAUAAUAUUAUUUAAUUUUAUUAUUAUCUAGCUGUCGUUGUGCGUUGUAAGCAUUUAUCGAUCAAAUAACUGAUUUCUUUGUAAUUAUUUUUCCAAAUAGGAAUAAUAAAUUGUAAUCGUCCGCAUUCUUACAUAGUUAUAGCUACAGCUAUAAUAUAUUAUUAUAUUAUAAUAUCUCUUAUCUGAAAAAAAAAAUGUAUCAAUUUUCUUCUGUGUAAUGAUUAUUUUAUAUUUACAAUUUACUGUACUGCGUAUAAUGUUUAAUUUGAUAUUGAUCACUUGAAAAUAACAUCUCACUUUAAGUUAUACAAUUUGUGUAAAAUCAUCCAAUUUCGAAAAUUGUAUUUUUUCAUAUAGGAGAACUUACCUAAGUUAAAUUAACUUUAUUAACAAUUACUUUUUUUAGUGUUUUCUAUAGCCUGUCAGAAACACGUUACGUAUAUUGUAUAUAUGACAUGUUUUUAUACAUGAAAAACACGGAAAACUUAUUUUCCUUUUCCAUUAAACUUCAUUUUUACUUUCGAUAAUUAGGUAUAUGAAAAUUCAGAACAUUUUUCUUGGCCUACAAUACUUUUCCGACUUUGUAAUAUAAUCAUAGGUCAUGGGAGGCUCACUAUUUUAAAUACUCACAUAGAUACAGUUUUAUCCGACUUGCCAAGUAUUUUUUAUUGGUCCGGUUUGUCAAUCUCAUGAAGGAGCUACUACAGCUCUCGAGUCCCCUUACUUGGCACCCCUGAAUAUAAUAUUAUAUACAUAAGUAUAUUAGCGUCUGCCAUUGACAAAUGCUGGAAUUUAAGAUGCUGCCCAACGAUAGAAAGAAUAAUAUUAUCAAGACGAUCAUGGGCGUACUCAUGGGAAGGGAGUUCAUGGGAUUUAAACCCUCCCAUUGGCCGUAUAAUAUAUUAUAUAUUUUCUUUAAUAAUAUUUGUUUAAUAUUGUACCUAUUUUCUCAUUUUUCCUCUGUUUUUUCUCAUUUAUUAAGACAAAUCAUGAAAAAAUUAAAAAAAUUACCUCUCGAAGUACCUCCCCAGUCAGAUUUACUUUUAGAAAAAGUGCUAUCAUUGUAAAUCGGAACAUAUAUGCUGAUAGAAAAGGUUGUCUGCAGAAAAAAAAUUAAUACAAAUAAAAUAAUAAACAUCAUUGUUAAACCAUCAAAGCUUCUUCGCUCCACUCAGAAUCUAAAAUCAAUUCUCGUUUACUAUAGAUUAACAGGUUAAAUAUUUGACUGUAUUUAAUAAUAAAUGCAAUGUUUUAUAUACAAUACUCACUAUUUAUGUAUCAAACAUGUUUUAGUUCUUAUUUAUCAUUAAUUUUAUACUUAACAAUUUGUAAUUAUAUAUUAUAUCACCUAUAUUCCUAUUACAUAAUCAAAUAAAAUUAAUUUGUUAUUUCUACAUAUUUGUCCUAUGUUAUGAAUAUACAUAAUUAUAUGUUUAUAAUUUGUUUGACUAAUAGGUAACCUAAAUUACCGUUUACAACAUAAACAUAUUUUAAUGAGAUUUUCCAAUUAAAAUAAUAUUAUUUUCAGUGUUUAAUUAUAUUAGACAUUGGGUUGGUAAAUACGAUUAUUAACAAUUAAUUUUUUUAUGUUCCAUUAUUUUAAUAGCGUUUAAUUUCUAUGUACGAGUGUAUUUUUAGAUCGUUGUGUGACCAACGUGUGUAUGGCCAAAAUCGCAAAAGUCAUUAGGUUUGAUUAGGUCAGUCCAAAAUGUAAAAUAAACCACGUAAAUUUGAAAAACUACGGAGGUCACAAAAUAUUUAAAAUGAGUUGGCGCUAAUGUAUUUUCUCUGAAUAGAAACAAAAAUAACAUAUAGGAACAUUUUUAAAAACAAAAUUAGUAAUUGGAACAAUCGAGAGAAACGUAUCUCGAAAUACUCAAUUGUUAGAUUUACUCGAUUAUUUCGAUUGUUUUGAAAGUUCCCAAAUUCUCUUGGUAUCGAGAUCAAUUGAAGUUGAAUGAUAACUAAAUCACUUUAGUGAUACAUUAAUUGGCAAGUAAUUCUCACGAAAUUAAAUCGACUGAUGUUUUAAUCUAGAACAUAAAACAAUUGUAUGCGAAUUACUAAUGCUUGUUGUUAUACCUACACAUUAUUAUAUUUUUUUUCUAAAAUGUUUAAUUGGUAAUAAUGAUUAAUUGAGGAGCUAUUUGUCUAGCCUCUAGCGAGUAUUGAAUAAUGAGAGUUGUACAGAAUAUCGAGAAACUGAAAUGAAAUUACCAAAUUGACCAAGAGAUUUUUUCCAGUAAAUUUCUCGAUUGUUAUAAACUUUCGAUUACUCACUUCCCGAUUGUUGAAAUCAUUCCAUUGUUUCCAUCAUUAAACAAAAUAUUUCAUUUGAAGUAGGUUUUAUCGAAUAUUACUAUAUACUGAAUAUUCAUUCGAUUCGAAUAUCCUAAAUUGAUAAAAACAUCGAUUAUACCGUACAUUUGUAUAAUAUUAUGUUGAUUUCGUGGGUUAUCGAUCCGCUGAACUGUGUUGAUUCCACAAAAUAUUAUUUAUUUAUAAAAAUUAAUACAAUUAGAGUGAUAGAGGACAUAUUAAAUUUAUUUUUACUUAUUUUGUUUGGAAAAUCAAUAAUAAUAAUUUUAAGAAAACAUAUAAAUACACAUAGAAGAUCUAUAAGUAUUAUAAUAUUAUAUUUAUGUGACAUUUACACUAUUUCAUAUUGUAACGAAUGGUUUUUUUCACAUAGGUACCUAUUAUUAAACGCACUAAAACUGUAACUUUCAGAUAAGUCAUGACAAAAUAACAGUAUAAAUAAUUUAAUCAUUAAUUAUUUAUUAUUUAUUUAUAUACCUAUUUGUGUACUGUGAGCCUAUAAAACAUACAUUAAUGUUGUAGUUUAUACCGAUCUCGUCGAUCUUCAUAUCCAGCAUUGCCAAAAAAUAUUUUUGAAAUCAUCGAAGUAAUGCAAAUUAAAACUACCUAUUAGAAACGAAGAUUUUUUACUCGAUUUUUAUUUUCAGUACCUGUGUAAUGUUUCAUUCUACUACCUAUUUAAUUUAAUGAAAUAUGUUUUUUUUUUUAAAUAAUAAAUGAAUAUAUCUUUUAAUUAGGUAUUUUAUUUUGACGUUCACGUUGAAUAGGUAAUCAAAAAAAUAAAUAGAUAUUUAGUUUUAUUUUUUUCACUUACCCCGUCCGUAUUUAAUGUGUUUUAGUCAAAGAAACAUUCUGUUUUCGAUUAGAAAUAAUUACGUUAUCCAAAUAAGGAUUUCGAAUCUCUCCUUGUCCCAAUGCUUUGUACUCCCAACUCCAUUUAUUCCGAAUGAAUGUUCUUAUGUUUGCCGUUUGAUCAAUACUAUAAAAUUAUGUGCGUCGUGUAUGUGUAGCACUAUAGCAGCAAAAUACUACUUAGCUAGACAUAAUAUACUAUAAUAUGUUUAGGUUUUAGGUACACAAUAAAAUAUGGACGCCGUAACUCAAAGUGCUAUGACAAAAAAGUCAAACUUGUAAGUAUAUAAUGUAUAUAUAUAUAUAGACAUUAGACAUAUAUUAUAGUAGUUAUGUAGAUCUACCUAUUUAUAUUUAUGUUGACAUAAUAUAAACUUAUAUAUAUAUAUAUAUAUAUAUAGUACCUGCAGUUCUAUAGAAAAAUACCUAUUAAAACAAAUUAUUUUUUCAAAUAAACCUAGUAUUUUUUUCGUUUCCACUGUUGCGUGAUGUGUAAUUCAUAUAUUAUUAUAUUUAUGGGUAGAUAGUAAAAAAUUGCGUGUUUUUAGUAAAUAACAAAAAUGAAUUGAAUAUUGUAGGCUAAUGUUAUUUUUUUUCCGAAGUAAAUACAGCGGCUCAGAGAACAAUACUUUAUCUGUAUACCAGUAUAUAAUACAUAGUAUUAGGUAUCAUAAUAUUAUACAAUAUUUGUCAUUUAUAUUAAUAGUUGUGCAAGUACCUGUAUAUUAUCAAUUAUUUUAAAAAAUCAAUAUUAUUAGCAAUUAAAUACUUAAAAUAAUUUACUUGAAUUAUCAAUCAAUCAAUUACCAUCAAUCGCGAUAGGUUUAUUAACUUAGAGUAAAAGUACUAAGGUAAGUCGAUAUUUGUAUUGUAGAUAAUUCGUGAAUCAAAAUAAUAACGACGUCAACUUAAUUUUAAUACUUACCUACAUAGUACAUACGAUAUAACUUAAUUAUUUUAUAAUUAGUUAGGUACUAAGCUAUUUACAAUUACAAUAACAUAAUUAUAAUUGAGUAGGCAGUUAUCAUAUUAUUAUAUUAUUUGUUAUACCUACUUAGCUGUUAGUGUUUGUUACCAAUAUAGUAUGUUGUAAUAUGUAUUAUAGAUGCACAGUUAUAAUUCUAACAAUAUUAAUAUACUUUAAUGUAAUAUAAUAUAUUUCAAUGCUUAUUAUAAGUACAUAUAAAUAAUUCUUAUGUUAAUCGGAAAAAUAUUAUACAGGUAUACAAAUAAUUUGAUAGGUGGGUAGAAAGGUGGAUAGACAUAAACGUGCGCACAGGGCGUGCCGGGUAUGCCUGGACACUAUCCGAAAAUUAUAUAUAAACAUUUUUUUUUUUUCUAGCUAUUAUGAUGUCACGUUAACAUAUGACAACUGCAAUAGGUACAAGUUUUAUAUUUUGUAAAAUUGCAAUCACUUUAUUUUUCCUUAAUUUAAAAUUAUUAGUUCAUACAUUUUGACUUCACCGCAAAUUUCGUUCUUAUCUUUUACGACUGUGUUACCAAAUAUACUGGUUUGAUUGUAAUUAUCCAAGUUAUUUAUUUAUAGACUAUGAUUAUCGAUUGCUUAUUUACUAUAAAGAAACUUUUACUUUUAUUUUUUGAAGUGUAUGAUAUUAAAUUAGAUAAUUGAUAUAAUUAUGAAAACUAAUUUAAAUACAGUGACAAAAUUAAUUAUUAUUUUGUAUUAUAUCUAGUAUUGAAAGGUAAUAAAAGUUGAUUGGGGAGGGGGGAUUCACCUAAUAAAUUAAUUUUUCUCGGGCACGACCCGAACUUAAAGUCUGCGCACGCCUAUGUGUAUAGAUGGGUACACAGUUCCCAACUUCUCACCUAACUAUCAUAUACGAGAAAUCAUUAUAUUAAACUGCAUAUUUUAUUAAACAAUAACUUGUUAUUGUAUACACGCGAGCGUAAAACUAAGAUCUGAUACCUGGAAUAAAUUUUGUUCUGUUCCAUAAGUUUUUUUUUUUUAAUAUAUAAUAAUAAAAUUACUAGCCUUGCUCAAUUUUCUUCUUUUUUUUAAACGCAAAUUAAAAAAUUGUUCUUAAAAAAUCCAAGAUAGCCAUUUCAUAAAUAUAUUUUGAAACAAAAUUUUGGUGUUACAAAUAUUAACUUAUGAUUCAUCAUUAAUUUUCUAAAAUUUACUUUAAAGAUAACUGAAAUUUAAAUUGUUUUCAUUGACACUACUAAAUAAUAUCAAUAAAUUACUUAAUGUUUUAAUCAAAAACCAUUCUGUAAACUUCAAAAUCGUAGGAAAUUUAAGAACAAUCAAAUUUUCUAUAUUUGGUUCAACCAAAGUUUGAGCAAAAAGAAGAUAAGUCCAAAAAAAGUACAAAAUAUCUAAAUCAAAUUAUAUAUUAUGAUUUAUUUGUUACAUUUCAUAAAAAUUGAGUAAUUGACAAUAGGAAAUCUGGAAAUAAAUCGUCGAGAGGGUUUAAACAGUGGCCACAAAUAGCAUCAGUAAAUAUAAAGCGCAAGUCUGACCAACUUCGUUCCAUCACGCCAAUGUCAAAGGUUAAACCGUUAAUUUCACCAAAUUUUGUAGACAAUUUACUCAAACAAACAAGGUUUACCAAGUAAGUAAAUGUUAUAUUUGUUUGUUUAAUAAUUUUGUUUGCUGCAGAUAUCCAAACUUUAUUCAGUCAUAAUUGGGCCCAGGUUAAAACGUAAACAGUGUAGGUUAUAGUUUCCGCUACCAAAAUCGGGGAGAGGGGAGGUGAGGCACAUCAUUGUUUCCGAUAUUUCUCAAUUAAUAUGAAAGCCCUAAGGGAAAUCUUAAAACGACCUUCUCUGUUCUUAAUAAGUACACCAACUAGAUAUAGUAAAUAAAUAUAUUAAUACAUUAAAAUGUAUUGAUAUAAAAUAUUUUAGAUAAUAAAAACCUAAUAAUUUAUAUCUCUAAACAUAUUUAUGUUUAAUAAUAACAUAUUUUAGUAUAAUAUGUAAACAUCCUAUGUGGGUGUACAAUGCCAUAUUUAUAGUUGACGAUGAGGAAGGUUACUGAUAAAUGAAUAUCUAAAUAAAAUACAACUAUCUAGGUGUUGUUCCAUACAUAAUAAUAUAGGUAUUAUGUUGUACAAUUUCUACACUUAUUUUCUUAAACAUUUGUUGAUUCAACAAUACAUUGGGUAUUGUAUAUUUACUUUAUAAGUUUCUUGUUUUAAUAUACCUAGGUACUUAUAUUUAUUUAUAUAUUUUAAUAUACAGAAUGUCUCACUAUGAUCUGGCAUUUGAAAUAACUUUUGUUCUAUUCAAUAUUUUUGAAAUAUUUUUUUUAAAAAUAAUUAGUAUACCUCUGCAUUACAGUUUAUUUAUAAAUAUUCUUUUUUAGGGGGAUGAGGACUUAAAAUAAAAAAUAAAAAAUGGUUGGUAUUCAAAACUUUUGUUAGAGUAUGGUCUUUGAUUUUACUACGAUUUUCUUGAAAUUUUGGAAAAUAUGAAUAUUACCUAAUGUGGUUAUUACAUUACAAUAUUUACCAAUUAUUAGUUAGAGCACAUGACAAAGAUUUUCUUUUUCAUGAAUUAAAAUCAUGCAAUAAUAUUAUCAUAUUAUGGGUAUUAGGCAUAGAUAAUAUAUACCUGGAUAGGACAUUCCUAUACCUAGGGAGCCUAGAUUAUCUAGGCUCUCUACCUAAAUCUAUUGUACACGGUACAAUGUGAGCGAAGAGUCUACUCGUUACUAUAAUGGUUCUAUGCGGUUUUAGAUACUGGUUUACGAUAAACAAUAUUGAUUUGUGCCAAUUUUUGAAAAAAAUAUUUAAUUUCAAUAUUACUUUUUUUUUUCACUAUUGUAUUUACUUACACAAUUAUCUGUGCAUUAUACAAGACUAUUUGAUCAUACAAAUCAAGCUACGUUGACAAAUCCAAGAGAAACCGUACGAAAAAUAUGUUUAAAAACCGAGUGUUUAGAAAGUCACCCAGUCAACACUUAUUAUAAGCAACAUUCUGUAUUUUUAUGAAAUAAAAUUAAAAAUGGUAUAUUAAUAUACAGAAUACUAUUUAAUGCCGAUAGUUGCGAAGAAAAUUAUUUUGUGUUAAAUACUCAUAGAGACCAAUUGACAAAUUUGAUUAUUUACAAAUAUAUGGACAUCAGAGUAUUUUACGAAAUAAAAUAAUGAAUGAGCAAUCAAAAAUUAGAUCUAAGUAUGCCAAAUUAAUUUUAUUCAAACACCAAUUAUGUACUUAAUUGAACGAAAUUAUAUGCAAUUUGAAGCAAAUAAUUAAUAAUAAUAUUAUUUUCCGAAUGUUUGAUUUCGAUAGUUUGGUGCGCGACAAAAAUUGCGUUCUCGUUAUCACUUAUAUUUGAUAACACACUUUAAUUAUAUUUAACCACUUAGGUAAUGAGUAUACUCUUCGAUUACACUUGAAUACAUAGUAUUUCCCAUCCAUAAAAAAUAAAUUGAAUCCAUGUAUAUUCAUUAUUAUAAUAUUAUGAUAACCAUAUUAUCUACGGUAUUAGGUAGGUAAAGAUAUACAAUAAUUUGUAUAUUAAGGAUAUUAACGACGUAAACAAAAAAAAUUAGCCUAUGCAAUAAUUUGACGCUUAAUGCUCGUAAACCUUGUAUAAUAAAUUAUAUAUUCACUAGUGAAUAGUUAAUUCACCUAGGUUGUUUAUGGUUAUUAAUGAUCCAGAUUCAGAAUGAGUUCGAAUUAAAAUUUUAGUGCAAUCAUCGCAAAUUAAUUUAGUUGUUAGUUUACGAACAAUGAAGCCAAAAAUAUGUUUAACAAAAUCAUCAAUUAUUUGUUGUAAAAAAGUAAAUUGAUUAUUACUGGUAAAUUAAUGUCUUUAUAAUUGCUCGGAUAGAUGAGAAAAACAUUUCUAAAUAUUUUGGUUUUAUAAAUCUUAACCUAGCAACAUGUAAUCGUUAUCAAUCAAAUAUUCCAUUGUACAAAAAUUAUUAUAAUAUUUAUGUAUAUUAAGUAAAAAUUAUUUUAAAUCGACGUACUAAAAAAUAAAUACAUUAUUGAUAAUUUUUUUUUUUUGAUAAUGAAAAUGUCUACACAAAAAUUUUGCUGAUUAACGUUGCAAUAUUUAAAACUGAAUCAGAAAACUAUUAUGAAUUUUCUGACAACUGCUAAUAUCCUGGUAAAAUUUACCUGCUAUAACUACUUUACCAUUUAAUGGUCAUUCAUGUUGAUAAACAAUAUUGUUAAGAUUAAAAAGUAAAUGACUUAAAUUUUCAAAAAAUCGUAAAAAAUAAAAGACCAUACUUUAAUAAAAGUUUCAACCGCCAAAAAUUGUCUAAAAAUCUAUUUUACAAAAUAGGUAUUUUAAAUUUUUUUAAAAAAAUUAUAGAUUUUAAAUCCUCCUCCCUUAAAAUCAAUAUUCAAGCAGAGGCAUACUAAUUAUUAAAAAAAAAAAAUAUAUAUAUCAAAAUUAUUAAAUAGAACAAAAGUUAUUUCAAGUUGCAGAUCGUCUUGGGACACUUUGUAUAUCAGUCAUCCAGAAAGUAUUGAUGACUCAAACAAAAUUUUGAAAAUAUAAUUAUUAAAUUUGCAAUUUUCUCAUCAAACAUUCAAACCUAAACAUUCACACCGGUUCACUUACAAGGGAUCACUCUUACCUAGAAUACCAUUACAGUUUCUCACCUGGGUACCAUUACAUUCAUAAUAUCAGACGCCCACAUGCCAGAGGAUGUUUAAUAAUUUAUAUUUUAUUAUCGUGUUUACUCUGCUGUUUUCCAAUAUAUUUUUUUUUAUCUAUUUAUUUUAAAUAAUAUUGAAUAUACAAUUCAAUAAUAUUCAAUGUAGAUAUUUAUUGCCAUUUAUUUAAUUUCUAUUGCAUUUCUACGCCAUUACAACAUUAUCUUAUUGUUGUUAUUGUAAAUUUAUUUAUCUGUUUUUCAGUUCAAUAAAAUGCUAAAAUGUCAACAAGUUUUUUGCUACAUAAAUUCGAAAAAAUUUAUCUUGUAUAUUUCCUUUUUUUUUUUGAUUAUGUAAAUAACAUUAAUUUUUUUCUUUAAAGUACUAUUUUUUGUCAAUUUAUGUUCUUUUAACUUCAGAGUAUACAUUAUUAAUAAAUAUAUAUCUUUCUUUAUUUUCUCAUUUAUGAAAACAUUUCAACAUUUCAAAAUUUAACUUAAAUAAUAAUAAUUUUUAAAAUAAAGGCUUUGAAAAAAAUUCAUUCUUAUUAUACAAAUAUCUUCAAUAAGUUGUUUAUUUUCUUUCUGUUAUGAUGCAGGUACCUAUGUAGACAUUAGAAUAUACCUAUGGGUUCCUAUUUUUAUUUUUUUCAAUGCAUCAUAAAUUAUGCUGUUUUUUCAUCUGUUACAGCUGCUAUUGUGUAAAUAAAAUAUAAGUCUAAUACAAAAAUAUUUUCAAUUUUGUAUUGUAGUUUUAUCUUAUACAUUAGGUAUCAUUUUUAAUUUUACAAAAAUAUUACAUUACUUAGGUAGGUAUUAUUUAAACAAUAAACAUGUACAAAUAACGUUUUUUUAUAAUUUAGUAUUGAUUAUUGAAGAAUAUAUUUUGUUGUUUUCAAAAAUUCAGUUUUGAGAGAGGGGUUUCCUACCCUUAGGGUUUUCUAAAUCAAGUCUUUUUUAAGCCAUUAAAAACUUUGAAAAAAAUUGUAAUAUAAACUCUGGAUAUAUUAAUAUGAGUAAUUAUCUAUCUAUUAUCCAUUAAAUAUUUUAAUUUAUUGUAAACUAUAUUUGUUAAUAUUUAGAAAAGAAAUCGCAGGGUUGUGCAAAUCAUUUAAAAAAUUGGUAGCUACCUAUGGCGCCGAAUCAACAUCUUCUGUUGCAGCAAUGAGUUCAGCUGCUUUAAUAGCAAUUCCAACACAGGUUCUUAAAAUAAAUUAAAACAAAAUAUCACAUUUUAUCCUUUUUAAGUAUAAUUGUGUAUGUUUAAGGGGUUUGAUCGGUUAAUGUUCAGAGAGUUAUUACAAAAUGAAUUUGGAAUUACAACUGAAGAAAUUUUAACAGAUCGCAUAUUUUGUUUUUUCGAUCAACGUAAUGAUGGUGUCAUACACGAAGAUGAAUGGAUUAUCGGGUUGUCAGUGUUGUUGAAAGGUACUCAGGAGGAACGAAUUAAAUAUACAUUUACCAUAUAUGAUCUUAAUAAUGAUGGAUACAUAACUAAAGAAGAAAUAUUCAAUUUGUUAAGGUUAAUGAACUGUUAAUUUACUUUUUGCAGUUUAUAUACUCAUAAUAUAUGCUUGUUUCAGAAACUGUUUAGUAAAACAUCCGCAGGAUGAGGAUCCUGAUGAAGGUGUACGGGAACUCGUUGACAUUGUCCUUCGCAAAAUGGAUUGUGAUAACGAUACAAAACUUUCAUUUGAAGACUUUUCUUCUUCUAUAAAUAAACAGUUAUUAUUACUCGAAGCUUUUGGACAGUGUUUACCAUCCAGAGAAACUUCUGAGUAUUUUUUGAACUUGAUUAAUAACAUUCAGUAA